GGAGAAGCAGGGCUGAGAAUGUUUAGCCUCAUCUAGCGGUAAAAUGUGAAACACACACACACACACACACACACACGGUCUUUCCGCGGCGUGAGGGACUCCAGUUCAGUUAAUAUUGUGAGAUGAGCUGUUUAGGACAUGGCGAGGAAUGCGAUUCCGUGGAUUUGGCUGAGGAAACCCAUCUACAUACAGGCUCGGUUCUCCUAUUUGCACAUGAAGUACCUGUUCUUUUCCUGGCUGGCCGUGUUUGUAGGAAGCUGGGUGGUGUAUGUCGAGUACUCCUCCUAUACAGAGCUGUGCCGUGGACAUGAGUGCAAAAACACUAUUUGUGAUAAGUUCCAGAAAGGAGUGAUCGAUGGUACAGCCUGCAGUAGCUUAUGUGAGAAAGAGACUCUGUAUUUUGGGAAAUGCCUGUCUAUCAAACCAAGUAACCAGGUGUAUUCUGGUAGCUGGGGAGAUUUGGAGGGCAUCAUUAAGUGCCACAUGGAGGAUGUGCCACACUCUGACCUUGAAGGAGAACUGGAGCCUCGGAGAGAAUCUGCAGCCUUUAAUAGGCCCACUAAAGGCACAUCUGUGGAAAAGUUCAGAGAGAUGGUUCUGAGCCAUCUAAAGGCUAAAGUGGGCGAUCAGGCAAAUCUGCAUGACUUGGCGGUGCUCGUGCUUGGCGUAGCCGAUGCCAACAAGGACGGUGAGAUCUCUCUGGCAGAGGCACGCUCAGCCUGGGCUCUGAUGCAGCUGAACGAGUUUUUGAUGGCGGUCGUCCUGCAGGGUCGGGAACACACUCCAAGGCUGCUGGGCUUCUGCGGAGACUUGUACGUAUUGGAGAAGGUGCCGUAUGCACCACUCUAUGGCCUCAGCCUGCCUUGGGUUGUGGAGUUUUGGCUUCCAGCAAGCCUGCGCAGGAGUAUGGAUCAGUGGGCAGCACCAUCAUGGCCUCGCAAGGCCAAAAUUGCAAUUGGCCUUUUAGAACUGGUGGAAGACAUCUUUCAUGGGCCAUUUGGCAGCUUUCUUAUGUGUGAAGUGAAUGCAGCGUGCUUUGGCUACACCGAGCGCCAUGACUUGAAGGUGCUGGACGCCAGGCGCAUCGUUCCCGAAGCUGCUUUCCAGAAAGUGAUGCGCGAACGGCGGUGCGAAGUCGACAAGGACUGUUUAUAUGGAGUAGAUUGCUACACUACCUGUGACCUCACCAAGCACCGCUGCACCACUGAGGCAACACAGCCGAACUUGGCUAAAGUGUGCAGUGCACUGAAAGACUAUCUGCUCCAUGGAGCACCACCAGACGUUAAGGAAGAGUUAGAAAAGCAACUGUAUGCAUGCAUGGCCCUAAGAGGAGCCACUGAGCAAAUGGAGAUGGAACACUCGCUUAUCCUGAACAACCUGAAGACACUGUUGUGGAAGAAGAUUUCACAUACAAAGGACUCGAAGUGAAUAUCAAGUGACUGUAAUUUGUCUGGACAGAAAUCAUAUUACAAAAGGUGUCCAAACCUCAACAGAGUCUUUUAAUCCACUAUCUUAUCUGCGCUGCAUCUCCUGAGGUCAAUAUCCUCUACAUGCAGAGGUUUUUUUGGGACCACAUGGUGUUUAUUAAACAUCCAAAAAGAAUUGCUGCUAGGUGUUUGAACAGGUGUCUGUAAUGUGUCCCUGCUAUAGAAACCCCAUCUCAUGAAAGACUUUAGAAAGAUGAAUGAAAUGGUAAACCCCCUUAGCAGCCAAAUCAUUAAGAGACGGCUGAUUAAAUCCUGAUGUUGCUACUGCUAUUUCUGAACAGAAGACCAUAACUGGUCCUGCUCUCUGGGUUGGAAGGAUCGCACACUAAAUCCAUGUAGUUGCAUAAGCAGCACUUGGAAAAGAUAUCAGUGGCCGUCUUCAUGUAUCAUUUCAAAAGUGUUCACUUUCACUUUUCAGAGACACAAUUGGAUACAACUAACGUGACAAUUAAACCAGUAAUUCACAUUAGGAGCAAAUGCACAAUUCCUAACUGGCCUGUAUAGUAUACCUUUCUGUACAAGAUAUACUACAGGUUAAGUAUGAGAAUAUAAAAACAGAACUGCCAGCACUAACAGAAGACAGAACUGCCACUGAAACGAUCAAACUGCAACUUCCCAAUUUCUGUACUAUAUUUUGGGGGUAAAUAUUUUUGGAAUAAAAAAAGAAAAGAAAAAAAAAAAAGCUUGUUAUAAUAGCUUUAGACUUUAUGAUUGAUUCCAAAUAUAAUUUUGUAGACAGACACUAUGUUGCUGUGUAUGUAUGUAUGUAUGUAUAUACACACAUACACAACAAAAUUAUAAACGCAAGUUUUGUUUUUGCCCCAUUUUUCAUGAGCUGAACUCAAAGAUCUAAGACUUUUUCUAUGUACACAAAAGGUUUAUUUCUCUCAAAUAUUGUUCUCAAAUCUAAAUCUGUGUUAGUAAACACUUCUUUGCAGAUGGAAUCCAUCCUCCUCACAGGUGUGGCACAUCGAGAUGCUGAUUAGACAGCAUGAGUAUUGCACAGGUGUGCUUUAGGCUGGCCACAAUAAAAGGCCACUCUAAAAUGUGCAGUUUUACUGUAUUAGGGGCUUCGGAAACCAGUCAGUAUCUGGUGUGACCACAAUUUGCCUAACACGUUUUGCCCUGUACAGUGAAAACCGGGAUUCAUCCGUUGAAAGAACACCUCUCCGAGGUGCCAGCCGCCUGACAUAUUUUGGUUUGGUUAUGCAAACUGAUUGUUGCAGCAGCAGUCUGGGUGGCUGGUCUCAGACAAUCUUGGAGGUGAAGAUGAUGGAUGUGGAGGUUCUGGGCUGGUGUGGUUACACGUGGUCUGCAGUUUGUUAGGCCGAUUGCUUGUACUGCAAAAUUCUCAAACGUUUUUGGAGACGGCAUAUAGAAAAUAAACAAACAUUCAAUUCACAGGCAACAGCUCUGGUGGACAUUCCUGCAGACAGCAUGCCAAUCACACACUCCCUCAAAACUUGCGACAUCUGUGGCAUUGUGCUGUGUGAUUAUGUGCCACACCUGUGAGGAUGGAUUCUCUCAGCAAAGGAGAAGUGCUCACUAACAGAUUUAGAUUUGUGAACAAUAUUUGAGAGAAAUAAACCUUUUGUGUACAUAGAAGUCUUAGAUCUUUGAGUUGAGCUCAUGAAAAAUGAGGGCAAAAACAAUUGUUGCGUUUAGAAUUUUGAUCAGUGUGUAUUUUAUUUAUUUAUAUAUAUAUAUAUA